ACGUCUGAGCCACUUUAGUCACACCAGACUGAAGCCACACGAUGCAGGCCCACGCCUCCAGAUGCACAAUGUUCGCCAAAUUUCUGCGUUUUCGACAGUUUUGUACGUCUCCUGUGGGGAAUGUACCAAAUCUUGUCCAGAGGAAAGUUCCAUGGGCCGCUCAAACGGUCCCUAUUAGAGGUAGGCCGAUGCUGGUGGGCUCUGACAGCCCAAAGUUUCCCGAGUUUCUAGCCCCACCGAGGGACGGGUUCCCCUUCGUGUACGAGUCCACGGAAGAGGUCAACGCCUCUCCCGAAGAGUGCGGUUCGGCAAUGAGCAAGGUCAUUGACGAGUUGCUCCGAAAGCGUGACGAGGGCGGCGUGCUUUUCCGAGGUUUGCCGAUCUCCUCAAGCGAGGAGUUCUCGAGGGUCGUGAAGAACCUCGGGCUGAAGGUGGGGCUAUACGUCGGAAACGCAAUCAGGCAUCAAACUGACGACUUUGUCUACUCCGCCAGCGACCAGCCUCCGGAGUGGUGUAUAGAGGCUCACAAUGAGCUCGCCUACACCAACUACUUUCCCGAAAAGGUGAUCUUCUUCUGUGUGGAGCCGCCGACGCCGGGGGCCGGGGGAGAGUCCGUCAUCACGGACGUACGGGAGAUCCUGCCGCGUCUGGACGGGGACGUGGUGGAGAAGUUCCGUCGGCUCGGCAUCAUGUACACGCACUACGUGCCGACACGUACUCCUGGGGGGUACAACUCAUGGCAAUAUAUGUUUCAAACGGACGACCGAAAAGAGGUGGAAGAACACUUGUCAGCUAACAACAUUAACUGGAAAUGGGAGGACAACGGCGCCCUCUUGCGGUGGAUAACCCUGCCUGCACUGCGACCGUACAGAGGGACCGAACUGUGGUUCAACUCUGCCCACUUCAACAACGUGUCGUACCUGAAGCUCCACCCCUACUGGCGCAACAAGGAGCUGCCGGACCACCUCUACCCCUACAACACCUACUACGGAGACGGCUCGGACAUUGAGCCUGAGGUCUUACAGCACAUACGGGACGUCAUAUGGCAGGUGGCCGUGGGUUUCCAGAUGCAGAAGGGAGACCUGCUAGUGCUGAACAACAUGUACUGUCAACACGCAAGACUCAGCUUCACUGGGCCACGGAAACUCGCCUUUGCUAUGACCAUGAAGGAAGACUAACAGCACACAAAAUUCUGUUACUUUUUCUCAUGAUACAUAUGUGCCAUAUUGAGCAAAAAGUUUAGCGAGAAAUGUGUUUUUUUUUUAAUAUCAGCAGAGAUUCUUGAGUAAUGCUGGUAAUGAUCAUCUGAAAAAAAAAAAACCGCACACCUCAA